AUGGCGAUCAACUUCCAGGACGGAGUCAUUCUGGGCGCAGACAGCCGGACAACCACUGGAGCCUACAUUGCCAACCGAGUCACCGACAAAUUGACACAGGUGCACGACACUAUCUGGUGCUGCCGAUCCGGGUCUGCGGCCGACACCCAGGCCGUGGCCGAUAUUGUUUCCUACCACCUCAACAUGUACGGUGUGGUCAACAACGAGGCCCCCAGCACACAGGUGGCCGCGUCGCUCUUCCAGGAGCUGUGCUAUGAGAACAAGGACGCUCUCAGCGCGGGCAUCAUUAUUGCCGGAUACGACCCUCGACACGGCGGCCAGGUCUACUCGAUACCGCUGGGCGGAUCGCUUCACAAACAGUCGUUCGCCAUCGGCGGCUCCGGGUCGACCUACAUCUACGGUUAUACCGAUGCGCAUUGGAAAGAGAACAUGACGGAGCAAGAGGGUAUCGACUUCGUGCGCGGUUCCCUGCAGGAGGCCAUCAAGUGGGACGGCAGCUCGGGCGGUGUCAUCCGCAUGGUCGUGCUGACCAAGAAGGGUGCGGUGCGGCACUUGUACCUGCCCGACACCAACUACACCGGGCCUGGCGUGACGAAUUGA